GCAGCUCAGUGUCGCCGACAUCUCUCUACCGGUCACUGCUGCCACGGGCGUUGUCUUUCUUCCGCUCGUGCCGCUGCAGCCUCCCUCCUAGAAGUUUUGCACUAAUUUUCUACCCCCUUGUUAUACUGGUUUUAAAUGGGUGUAUCAGAUAAAGAUGCUAGGUUCUUAAAUGAGGAUACAAUGGAAAAUGAUGAUCUUAGUAACGAGGAUUCGGAUUUUGAAUCUGAAUCUGAAUCUGGGGAGGAAGAGGAGGAGGUAAAAUUGUCUGAACCAUCAAAGACUGCAAUAUAUAAUGCUGAUGGUCUCCUUGAUAAGCUUGAAGAUAUUAGCUGGCCGAAAAACGUGGAAUGGAUACACAGGCUAUGUCUUGAUAUUGAUCAAGAAAAAGAGGUGGAUGUGAAUGAUGAUCUAGCUAGAGAACUUGCAUUCUAUACACAGGCUUUGCAGGGGACGAGAAUGGCCCUCGAGAAGUUCCAAUCUUUAGGACUCCCUUUUCUCAGGCCUUCAGACUAUUAUGCAGAGAUGGUGAAGACAGAUACUCACAUGGGAAAAGUGAAAGGUCGGUUGCUGGCCGAACAGAGGAAGAUGGAGGAAGCUGAGGAAAGAAGGAAGGCUAGAGAAGCAAAGAAGUUAGCUAAAGAGAUUCAAGCUCAGAAGCUAAAGGAGAGGGCUAAGCAGAAGAAAGAGGAGAUUGAAUCAGUUAAGAAAUGGAGGAAGCAGAGACAAAAGAGUGGUUUUGCCGGAGGUGAUAAAGGUGGUGAGAUGGAGUUGUCCUUUGAAGAUGGAAAGGCGUUUGAGAGAUCUGGUGGCAAGAAGAGGCCCGGGGUGUCUCCUGGCGAUCGCUCGGGAGGGAAGGCGAGACACAGAAAUGGAGGAAAAGGGAAAAAUCUGAAGAAAAAGAAAGAUUUCAGAGAUUCCAAGUUCGGAUUUGGCGGGAGAAAAAGUUUGAAAAAACAGAACACGGCCGAGACAACAAAUGACAUUAGGGGAUUCAACAACGACAGUUUGUUAAGCAACAAAAGAAGGAAGAGGUCAUAGAUUAGUGCAGUAAUUUGGUUUCAAGUUCAUUGAAAAUUAGCUUUUGGAAAUUUUGAUUAACUAGAAGAUGUAAAAAUCUUGAGGCUUAUUAUUAACUUGUUUUUCCUUUUGAAGAAAUACUAAUUUUUGUAGUUAUUGUUAUAUUAUGGGUUUGAAUAUAUUAUCUUGAUGGAUUGAUA